AUGACCACAUCUCGUAAAUCGCAUGCGAAAGACAAAAAGGCUGGUGGUGAACAGGAUCUGGCGGAUUUGAAGUUUAGGUAUGAUCUUCUGACGAAUGAACUGUUCCAUUUAAGAGAGUUUGUUUCAUUGGUAGAUUAUGAUCCAACCCAUUUUAAUGAUUCUGAAAGUUUUCAGAAGUUUCUCAGGGAAACACACUUGUCGUUAGAGGAGAGAGGAGAAAAAUUCACUGAUGACGUAGCCAAGAAAGGCACGAAUGGUGAUCUUACUCGCAGAAGGCGAAACCUCAGGACAUCGACAGUUGUUAGUUCAGAAACGACUAAUGAGAAAAAGGGUGAUAUAGAACUGAAGUUAGAAAGCAUAGCACCAUUAGUACGAAAUAAAUGUGAGGAGCUAAAAUACAAACUAAGUGAUCAUUCAAAUAGGAAAUCUAUAGUACCGCAAAAAAGACCAAUACAACAUUUGAAGAAGAGAGAAGCAGCGAAGUCCUUGAAGUUCAAAAGUGAAAGAAAGGAAAAUCCACUGCCAUUGCAUGAACAUAUAGCUGAAGAGAGAUAUGAUCACAUCGCAAAAGUUGAAGAACCCUCUGAAGCCUUCACUAUAAAGUGUCCUUCUGAUGAUAGCUCCUUUGAAAAUACUAGUGAACAUUAUAGUGAUAAUUUUUAUUUCACCACAUCAUCCGAAGAGGAAGAUAUAAAGAAAAAAAGAGGUAGAAAGAAAAAGAAGCCUAGAAUAAAACUGGUAGUCCAUCCUCCAAAGCAAACCAUAACGAACCCGUUGCAUGUAGUCAAGCCGGGAUACGAAAGCUUGCACGAAUACAUCGCUUCCUUUAAGUCAUUAGAAGACGAUUUAACGCUGGAAGAAUAUAAUAAAUACAUCGACGAACAAAGACGGCUUUUAUCGAGACUCAAAAAAGGUAUUGAAAAUGGCGCAUUGAAGUAUGACAAAGAAACGGACUCACUACAACCUAUAACAUCCAAGGAAAUCAAGACUAUCAUAACAUAUAAACCAGACCCGAUUUCAUAUUUCUAUAAACAACAAGAUCUGCAAAUCCAUACCGAUCACUUAAUUAACCAAGGUAUUCAUAUGAGUAAGCUGUUUAGAAGUUCAACAAAGGCAAGAAUAGCAAGAGCCAAAAAGGUUUCUCAAAUGAUAGAACAACAUUUUAAACACGUAGCCGGAGCAGAAGAAAGAAAGGCAAAGGAGGAGGAGAGGCACAAAAAGUCGCUAGCCAGGUUCGCAGUUCAAGCUGUUAAAAAAAGAUGGAAUAUGGCUGAGAAGGCUUAUAGGAUUUUGAGAAAAGAUGAAGAAGAACAGUUAAAAAGGAUUGAAGGUAAGCAACACCUUUCUAAAAUGUUGGAGAAAAGUACACAAUUGUUGGAAGCUCAGCUAAACCAAGUAAAUGACGAUGGGAGAAGCAGUACCCCGUCUUCUGACUCAAACGAUGUAUUGAGUGAAAGUGACGAUGAUAUGGAUGACGAAUUAUCAACAUCUUCCGAUGAAGACGAAGAGGUCGAUGCUGAUGUGGGGCUAGAAAAUAGUCCAGCAUCGACGGAAGCUACUCCAACAGACGAAUCAUUAAAUCUGAUACAAUUGAAAGAAAAAUACGGGCAUUUUAAUGGUUCAUCGACAGUAUAUGACUCAAGAAAUAAAGAUGAGAAGUUUCCGACAUUGGAUAAACAUGAAAGUUCAAGUAGUGAAAGUUCUGUAAUGACUGGAGAGGAGUCCUCCAUAUAUUCAUCCUCUGAAAAUGAAAGUCAAAACGAAAAUGAUCGAGAAUCGGACGACAAGACUCCAUCUGUGGGUUUAAGUGCAUUAUUUGGUAAAGGUGAGGAAUCGGAUGGGGAUUUAGACCUUGACGAUAGUGAAGAUUUUACGGUUAAUAGCUCAUCUGUAGAAGGUGAAGAACUUGAAAAAGACCAAGUUGACAAUUCAGCUGCUACAUUUGAAAGAGCAGGUGAUUUUGUUCACACUCAAAAUGAAAAUAGGGACGAUAUAAAAGAUGUCGAGGAAGAUGCUGAAACAAAAGUACAAGAAGAACAGUUAUCAGUGGUGGAUGUACCUGUGCCAUCUUUAUUAAGAGGAAACUUAAGAACGUACCAGAAACAAGGUUUGAAUUGGUUAGCCUCUCUUUAUAACAAUCACACAAAUGGUAUCCUGGCAGACGAGAUGGGGUUAGGUAAAACUAUUCAGACAAUUUCUCUGCUAGCAUAUUUAGCUUGUGAAAAGGAAAACUGGGGGCCACAUCUUAUUGUUGUUCCUACAUCAGUUCUGUUGAACUGGGAGAUGGAAUUCAAAAGGUUCGCGCCUGGGUUUAAGGUUUUAACAUAUUAUGGUUCUCCCCAGCAACGUAAAGAAAAAAGGAAAGGUUGGAAUAAGCCUGAUGCUUUCCAUGUUUGUAUUGUUUCUUACCAACUUGUAGUUCAAGAUCAACAUUCCUUUAAGAGAAAGAGAUGGCAAUAUAUGGUGCUGGAUGAAGCACACAAUAUCAAAAACUUCAGAUCUACAAGAUGGCAGGCUCUAUUGAAUUUCAACACACAAAGAAGGCUUCUGUUGACUGGUACACCUUUACAGAAUAACCUUGCUGAGCUGUGGUCAUUAUUAUAUUUCUUAAUGCCCCAGACUGUUAUUGACGGGAAAAAGGUUUCUGGAUUUGCUGAUCUUGAUGCAUUUCAACAAUGGUUUGGACGCCCUGUCGAUAAAAUUAUUGAAACGGGUCAGAAUUUUGGACAGGACAAGGAAACGAAGAAGACAGUUGCCAAGUUGCAUCAAGUUUUACGUCCAUACCUCUUAAGAAGGUUAAAGGCCGAUGUUGAGAAACAAAUGCCAGCGAAGUAUGAGCAUAUUGUUUAUUGUAAGCUAUCUAAAAGACAAAGGUUCUUAUAUGAUGAUUUUAUGUCUAGAGCUCAAACGAAAGCAACACUAGCCAGUGGAAAUUUUAUGUCAAUUGUCAACUGUUUGAUGCAAUUGAGAAAGGUGUGUAACCAUCCCAAUUUAUUUGAAGUGAGGCCAAUAUUAACAUCAUUUGUCCUUGAACAUUGUGUAGCUUCCGACUACAAGGAUGUAGAAAGGACUCUGCUUAAAUUGUUCAAAAAAAACAAUCAAGUUAACCGGGUUGACUUGGAUUUCUUGAACUUGGUGUUUACGCUUAAUGACAAAGAUUUAACUUCUUAUCAUGCCGAGGAAAUCUCAAAACUGACGUGUGUAAAAAACUUCGUUGAAGAAGUCAAUAAAUUGAGGGAAACCAAUAAACAGCUUCAGGAGGAGUUUGGAGAGGCGUCUUUUUUAAAUUUUCAAGAUGCAAAUCAAUAUUUCAAGUAUUCUAAUAAGCAGAAACUUGAAGGGACAGUUGACAUGCUAAACUUUCUAAAGAUGGUAAAUAAACUUAGAUGCGACAGAAGACCCAUAUUCGGAAAGAACCUUAUUGACCUAUUAACGAAAGAUAGAAGGGUUAAAUAUGAUAAAUCAAGCAUUAUUGAUAAUGAACUAAUAAAACCCUUGCAAACCAGGGUAUUGGAUAAUAGAAAGAUCAUAGAUACCUUUGCAGUGUUAACCCCAAGUGCCGUCUCACUAGAUAUGAGAAAGUUGGCAUUGGGAUUAAAUGAUGACAGUUCGGUAGGCGAAAACACAAGGCUAAAGGUAAUGCAGAACUGUUUUGAAGUAUCCAACCCAUUACACCAACUGCAAACCAAAUUAACAAUCGCAUUCCCGGACAAAUCGCUGCUUCAAUACGAUUGUGGUAAAUUGCAGAAGUUAGCAAUUUUAUUACAGCAGCUGAAGGACAAUGGACAUAGGGCACUUAUCUUCACACAAAUGACAAAAGUUUUGGACGUUCUGGAACAGUUUUUAAACUAUCAUGGUUAUUUGUAUAUGAGACUAGAUGGUGCCACAAAGAUCGAAGACCGUCAAAUCCUAACAGAGAGAUUCAACACUGACUCAAGAAUAACGGUAUUUAUCCUAUCAAGUAGAUCAGGAGGGCUAGGUAUCAAUCUGACUGGGGCAGAUACAGUUAUUUUUUACGAUUCAGAUUGGAAUCCAGCCAUGGACAAACAGUGUCAAGAUAGAUGUCACAGAAUUGGACAGACUCGAGAUGUGCAUAUUUACAGAUUUGUCAGCGAACAUACCAUAGAAAGCAAUAUCUUAAAAAAAGCCAACCAAAAAAGACAAUUGGAUAAUGUUGUUAUUCAAGAGGGUGACUUCACAACAGAUUAUUUCAGCAAACUUUCGGUGAGAGAUUUAUUGGGAUCCGAAUUGCCCGAAAAUGCUUCAGGUGGAGAUAAACCACUAAUAGCAGAUGCAGAUGUGGCAGCCAAAGAUCCCAGACAACUGGAAAGACUUCUUGCGCAAGCGGAAGAUGAGGAUGAUGUUAAAGCUGCAAACUUAGCCAUGAGAGAAGUCGAAAUUGACAAUGACGAUUUCGACGAAAGCACAGAAAAAAAAGCAGCUAAUGAAGAGGAAGAAAAUCAUGCUGAACUUGAUGAGUAUGAGGGCACUGCCCAUGUUGACGAGUACAUGAUCAGGUUUAUUGCCAACGGUUAUUAUUAUUGA